AUGGCUUGCAGAGGGAGGCAGCCUCUCGCGGCGCUUAUCUUGCUACAUCUUCUCUCGGUUUUGGUCACUCUUUCUACGUCUCCUACCCUGGCCGUCGUCACCAGUGAAGUGGAGUCGUCUGCGGAUUCACAUUCGCAGCUGGAAAAGACCGAGAAGGAACAGGAAGAGGAAAGCACGAACAUGAACGAGGUUGGGCUUGAAAGCCAGGGACGCAUCCUUCGUGAAGGUUCAACUGACGCCUCUACACCCUCUCUACGAGCUACAGCGCAGCGCGAACUCGGCGAAAAGGAACUUGCUGGCGGAGAGGACCCCAAUGCCGUGACUGGACAGGGCGGCUGGAAGAAGAGAAAGUAUAACAGGGGGAUGAUACCCCCCGCUUCAAUGCCCGUAUCUCCUGCCGCAUUUGCAGUACCGACGGCUUCAUAUGCAGUACCCACGGCUUCAUAUGCAGUACCCACGGCUUCAUAUGCAGUCCCGACGGCUUCAUAUGCAGUACCCACGGCUUCAUAUGCAGUACCCACGGCUUCAUAUGCAGUACCCUCGGCUUCAUAUGCAGUACCCACGGCUUCAUAUGCAGUACAGACAGCUUCAUAUUCAGUACCCACGGCCUCAUAUUCAGUACCCACGGCUUCAUACGCCGUACCCUCGGCUUCAUAUGAAGUACCCACUUCUUCAUAUUCAGUAUCCACUGCUUCAUAUGCAAUGCCCACUACUAAAGUGGUUGGUCGCUCUUCAACUAAUAUGGCUGUAACUUCUACACCCGUGGCUGUACCUUCUGCUGCAAUGGCUAUACCUUCUGCUGCAAUGGCUGUGCCCUCUGCUGCAAUGGCUGUACCCUCUGCUGCAUUGGCUGUACCCUACGCUGCAAUGGCGGUCCCCGCUGUUGCUGCUGCUCCGAUGGCGGCCGAAGGCAUCGGCCUUGACGGAGCUAUAGGUGGUGGCAUCAUGCAGACGCUCAAAAGCAUGAAGAUGUACAUGGGCUUGAAGAAGUAUGCGAAGUACGCAAACGCAGCGGGAUACAACGGCACUCCCUAUGCAAGUGCUUUCCCUCUGUACUCCAACUAUCCAUCCGCUGCGAGCUUUGCCUCUGUCCCGGCCGAGGGGUAUGCAGGCUACAACACCUAUGGGGGGAACAGUAAGUACACCGGUUUCAGUGCAUCUACGGAGACUUUAGGAGGGAUGGGCAAGAAAUCUCGGUACUCAGAGGAGCCCGGGCAGAGAUACCUGGCUCAAGUCUUAAGCAAAAACAGAGCGGGCUGGUGGCUCACCAACAAAGUGUCGCGUUUAGUCGACAUUCUCGGAGGCUUCAUGCCGCAAGGUGUCGAUCAACCUGUGUUGCUUUCUAACGGGUACGAGACGAGAGAGGCGACGUUUCUCAUGGUGCUGCAAAACCAAGAACGCUUCGUUGACUUAUUGGUACAAGACAAGCUGUUUCAGGAGCAGCAGCCGCUGCAGCGGCAGUGGAUCGGGCGGAUGUAUACGGAGGUUCAGGGCCAGUUUUCUGCUUUACAGGCUCUAGACAGGGACUUCGCAAUUGCAAAACUGGCUCCUGCAGGCGAACCUCUAGCCAACUUUCGCCACACUCUGCGCCUCGACAUUCCCAUUGACUUGUACGAGUUCACCAGCCUCAGCACCUUCGUUCAGGCUCCCGACGGCCAGGUCUUUUUAAACGCUAUUUCCCGGCGGCCUUUGAUUCGAGCUACUGCAGAGACGGUACUGGCGAAUGCAGGCACUGGCAAGAGAUCUUACAGGGCGCUGCUGAGUCUGUCUCAGCAAGCGGUGCGAGCGGUGGCCAACUUGAAUUGCCUUCUGAUGGUGCACACCAACAUAAACCCCGCAUCGUUUCUGGUGACGGAGAAAGGAAUUGUCUUCCUCGGCGGGUUGUUUCAGGCCACGCAAAAAGACGCCUCUUUGGUCGAGAACUACAAGUUCACCUUAACGACUCCUGUCUUCUUGCCUCCUGAGUUGAGAGACAACGCGGCGUACGCCAGCAUGACGGCGCUUCCCUCUCAGGACGCAUGGCAGCUGGGGAUGACUCUGUUUACCUUCUGGUGCUCUCAACUAUCCCUCGAUUCUUCAGGAGCCCUCAACUUCGCCAACUGCAUCAGCUGCAUGCCUGCGGAAAUGAAGGAUCUGAUCUUGGGCCUGACUCAAGCCGACCCCAACGCAAGACUGCUUGCUGAAGCUGUGGCACUCACGCAUCCAGCGAUGCUCCUGCCCAUCUUCCCCGACAUGCCCCCCCAGGUAGACGUCGACCAGGAUGACGAACCAUAUGUAGAUUAA